AUGGCUGCUCAAUCGAGCGGCCGAAUACCACCAGAGCACACGUCGGAUUAUCGAGUUGCCGUAUUUGGUGCCGGUGGCGUUGGUAAAUCAUCCAUUGUACAACGUUUCAUCAAGGGAACAUUUAAUGAAAAUUACAUUCCGACUAUUGAGGACACUUUUCGACAAGUGAUAAGCUGUAAUCAUAAGAAUGUAUGUACAUUACAAAUUACUGAUACAACAGGCAGCCAUCAAUUUCCUGCUAUGCAACGGCUUUCGAUCAGCAAAGGAAAUGCUUUCGUACUGGUGUAUUCUGUUACAAGCAAGCAAAGUUUAGAGGAGCUUGGACCUAUAUUAUUAAUGCUAAAGGAAGUAAAGGGUGAAAAUAUUACUGAAGUGCCUAUUAUGCUUGUUGGCAAUAAAAAAGAUGAAGAUCAGCGACGUGAAGUGAGCUCUGAACUUGGACAAAAAUUGGCCGCGAAAUGGGGAACUGGUUUCAUCGAAACGAGUGCAAAAGACAAUGAAAAUAUAACUGAAUUAUUUCAACGCCUGUUGGCGAUGGAAAAAAAACGAACUUUAGCUUUGACGAUGGAUGAAGAGAGCAGUAAAAGUGGCUCAAAAAGGAAAUGCUCUCUAAUGUAA